AUGUCCGGACAGCUUGGAACCACAGAACGAUUGGCGACUGUGCACCUACGUGAAGAACUAUCCGACAACUUCUUGAGUGGUGUGCCGAGCCUUUUCACCGAGAACACUCCUGGCACCUGGUGCGCCAUACGCAGCCGUCCACUUAUACCACCAUGAACUUCAUACCCAUACUGAUGGCUAUGUAUGGAUUGAAUUCUCCGGAAGGUGACGACUCGGAAGUGCUGGGCCGCAGCAGCCUGCAGAGGGCAGCGUCGUACGACAACGAACUACGAUCGAACGUCGUGCUGGACGACGCAGCGUACAUGUACGGCGAGCUGAGCAAAGAAGACUUCGGCGACAUCGCGCUCUCGGUGAAGCGUACCGAGGAGACGCCUUACUUCGCUUACUCCGCAGCGGCGAGGCAACUGACCUUUCCGGGUCUGCCCGGACAGUUCGACAUGUCCGGAAACCUCAAGUACUUCGUGCCCCAGAGCCCGGACAAGGUGAAGCCCCGGUUCCUGCUGCAUUCAAACAAAGCCUCGGAUCCCAACAAGCUCCUCUUCGAGACGGGCUUGGAUUGGAGGGGAUUCGACAUGAUGGCGUCGCUGGUUGAUGCCGGCCAGAAGUUGUACGUCAUCGUGCACGGCUUCCUGAGCAGCGCCAAGACGGAGUGGAUGCAGGACAUGAAGGACGAGAUACUGGACAAGGUAUACACAAGUACUUCAUGGGCGCUUCACUGUACAGUCGAACGCUAA